GAAAUUAUUCGUUCUUCUUGUCACGCCAACUCCAUUUCCGUGACGAAGUUGGCUCCUUAUUUACUUAUAAAUAAAGCCUCGAGAUCCCCCUCUUCUCCACAAUUCUCCGUUGCUCAGAUCUCUAUCGUAUCGUUAGCGAAAGAAACUUCAGAAACCUCAAGAUGCAGAUCUUUGUUAAGACUCUCACAGGAAAGACGAUCACUCUCGAAGUCGAGAGUUCCGACACCAUCGACAACGUGAAGGCUAAGAUCCAGGACAAGGAAGGUAUUCCCCCGGAUCAGCAGCGAUUGAUCUUCGCCGGAAAGCAGCUUGAGGACGGGCGAACCCUUGCCGACUACAACAUCCAGAAGGAGUCCACUCUCCAUCUUGUGCUCCGUCUUCGCGGUGGUAUGCAGAUCUUUGUCAAGACUCUCACCGGCAAGACAAUCACCCUCGAGGUUGAGAGCUCCGACACAAUCGACAACGUGAAGGCUAAGAUCCAGGACAAGGAAGGCAUUCCCCCGGAUCAGCAGCGUUUGAUCUUCGCCGGAAAGCAGCUGGAGGACGGCCGUACCCUUGCCGACUACAACAUUCAGAAGGAGUCCACCCUCCAUCUUGUGCUCCGUCUCCGUGGUGGCAUGCAGAUCUUUGUGAAGACUCUUACUGGGAAGACUAUCACCCUCGAGGUGGAGAGUUCGGACACCAUCGACAAUGUGAAAGCCAAGAUUCAGGAUAAGGAAGGCAUUCCCCCAGACCAGCAGCGGUUGAUCUUUGCUGGAAAGCAAUUAGAGGAUGGUCGCACUUUGGCAGACUACAACAUUCAGAAAGAGUCUACCCUCCACCUUGUGCUGCGUCUGCGUGGUGGUAUGCAGAUUUUCGUGAAGACUUUGACUGGAAAGACCAUCACCCUUGAAGUGGAAAGCAGUGACACCAUCGAUAAUGUCAAGGCUAAGAUUCAGGACAAGGAGGGCAUUCCACCUGACCAGCAGAGGUUGAUUUUUGCAGGGAAGCAGCUGGAAGAUGGAAGGACCCUGGCUGAUUACAACAUUCAGAAGGAGUCGACCCUUCACCUUGUUCUGCGUCUGCGUGGUGGUUUCUAAAGCCUUUAGGCAUGUCUGGGUUUUAAUUCUACUUUUAAUGUUUGAAGUGUUUUUAAAUGUUUUCAUGAGCUCGUUUAUGUGGGAGUUUCAAUUCUCUCAUCUUUUAUAUGCUUUUUAGCCUCGACUGUGUGAAAGGGCCCUGUUAAGGCCUCGUUAAUAAAUUUGGUUUGCUCAUGUUAUCUAAUGGUGCCUUUUAACACAUUUGACCUGUGUGGAUUU